CGUCACUCUCCGGCGAUAGUGUGACUGUGCGUUUGUCAGGAGCCGCGCUUUGAAGAAAAGUGACUAGAGAAACAGACUUGCCGAUAGAUUUUAGCCUACUUAAAUGGGACAUUUCCAGAGAUCUGCGAUGGAAUAACAGCAGCAGACCCAUCACCUUCAUCAUCACCUCCACCACCACCACCACCACCACCACUAUGGCGACUCGUUCGGACAGUGGCCGGCGUAAGUGGGCGGCAGUACGCGGCCGGCUUGGCUCCUCCCAGGAUUCUGACUCCUCCUCCUCCUCGUCCUCUCAGGAGGCCAACCUGGAGAGCGCAGACCCCGAGCUAUGCAUACGCCUGCUCCAGGUGCCCACAGUGGUGAACUACUCGGGCCUGAAGAAGCGUCUGGAGGGCAGCGACCGCGCCUGGAUGGUUCAGUUCCUGGAGCUGAGCGGCCUGGACCUGCUGCUGGAGGCCCUGGACCGCCUGUCGGGGCGCGGCUGCUCGCGCAUCGCAGACGCCCUCCUGCAGCUCACCUGCGUCAACUGCGUGCGCGCCGUCCUGAACUCGUCCAGCGGGAUCCACUUCAUCAUCGAGAACGAGGGCUACGUGCGCAAGCUGUCUCAGGCUCUGGACACCUCCAACACCAUGGUGAAGAAGCAGGUGUUUGAGCUGCUGGCUGCCCUCAGCAUGUUCUCCCCGGACGGCUACCGCCAGGCUCUGGACGCCCUGGACCACUACAAGGGUGUGAAGACGCAGCAGUACCGCUUCAGCGUGAUUAUGAAUGAGCUGCAGUCCGCGGAUAACGUGCCCUACAUGGUCACGCUCCUCAGUGUCAUCAACGCUCUCAUCUUCGCCACCGAAGACCUGCGGCAGAGGGACAAGAUGCGCAAGGAGUUCAUAGGGUUACAACUGCUUGAUCUUCUUCCAAAACUCAGGGAAAAAGAAGACGAAGAUUUAUUAAUUCAGUGCGAGUCAUUCGAAGAUGCCAUGGCGGAGGACGAAGAGGAGCUCCUCAGGCGUUAUGGGGGAGUUGAUAUGAGCUCUCACCAUGACGUGUUUUUAGCGGUCUUCAAUAAAGUGAGCAGCUCUCCGUCCGCCCAGCAGUUGCUGUCCAUGCUUCAGUCUCUGCUGCUGGUGGGCCCAGAGCGCACAGACAUAUGGCAGGCAUUGGAGGCCAUCACCAAUCGCGCCGCCAUGUUGGCCCAAGACUCUGAGCUGAGCUCUUGGGAGAAGGUGAUGCAGCGAAUGGUCUUCUCCAAGCCUCCGCAGCCAAGCCCUGGGUACCAUACGGUAGACGGCCCUUCACCCAAGAAGAGGCUGGACAAAGCGGUGCAGACGGAGCCUGUGGAGUGGGAACUACUGCUCCCCUGCAAGGAUGUCACCACCACCGCCACCAGCCCUCGGUCUCCCCCUCCACCCAGCUCCUCCCAGCUGCCUGUGUCCUUCUCCACUCCAGAUGCCCAAACCCCUGCCUGUCCUCCUCCUGCACCCCCACCUCCACCACCACCCCCACCACCACCACCUCCUCCUCUCCCUCCCGGUAUGGGAGGCCUAUGUGCACCUCCUCCACCCCCUCCCUUACCCUCCUCCAUUGGAGGUCCUCCUCCUCCCCCACCACCACCACCACCACCUCCUCCUCUACCAGGGAUGGAGCCUUCUGGGGCUCCUGUGAUGCCUCCUCCUCCACCUCCUCUACCCGGGAUGGGGGGACCGUGUGGCCCUCCACCUCCUCCUCCACCUCCACCUCCACCAGGGAUGGGUGCUGCUGGUGGUAGUGGUCCCCCACCCCCACCUCCUCUGCCGGGAAUGCCUGGGCCUCCUGCCCCCCCUCCACCCCCAGGCAUGGGUGGUGGUCUGGUGGUGGCCCACACCAGCCAGUCUGUGGGAUGCAUGUCCAUGAAGGCCUUCAAGCCAUCUCCCUUCCCCACCUUGCGGAUGAAGAAGCUCAACUGGCAGAAGCUCAACUUCAGAUCAGUGCCUGACGGCGAGUCCAUGUGGAAGAGUGUGCAGAGCCAGACGGAGGCCCCCGGCCAGCCCAACUACAGCAGCAUCGAGCAGCUCUUCUGCCUCCCCGACGCCCAGACCAAAGAGAAGAGCGCAGCUGCAGCCCCCGUCAAGAAGGAGCCCAAAGAGAUCUCCUUCAUAGAUCCAAAGAAGAACCUCAACUUGAACAUAUUCCUGAAGCAGUUCAAGUGCUCCUAUGAAGAGUUUGUAGCCCUAAUUGAGAAGGGGGAUCGGUCCAAGUUCGACGUGGAAAUCCUUAAACAACUAUUGAAGUUGCUGCCAGAAAAGCACGAGACGGAGAACUUAAAGGCGUAUCAAGGGGAGACAGAAAAGCUGGCCAAUGUGGAUCGGUUUUAUCUGAAGCUGCUGGCUGUGCCACGCUACCAGUUGAGGAUUGAGUGCAUGCUACUGUGCGAAGAGACUGCCUCGGUGCUGGAUAUGCUGAACCCCAAAGCAGAGCUGGUGGAGGCAGCGUGUGACAGCUUGCGGUCAAGUACUUUGCUGCCCAAAUUCUGCAAAUUGAUUCUUGAUGUCGGAAACUUCCUCAAUUAUGGCAGUCACACGGGCAACGCAGAAGGCUUCCGAAUCAGCUCGCUGCUCAAGCUGACGGAGACCAAGGCCAAUAAGAGCCGCAUCACCCUACUCCAUCACAUCCUGGAGGAGGCAGAACUGAAUCAUCCUGAGCUGCUUAACCUUGCUGAUGACAUUGAGACAUCGGAGAAAGCCGCAGGGGUGAACCUGGAGUCCAUCCAGGGGGAGACGAGUGGGCUACUCAAGCGCCUGACUGGAGCGGUGAAUAAGGUCUCGUCAGUGGACGAUGUGAAGGAACAGUUCCAGAGUGUUACGGAGGAAAACCUAAAGGCAUGUCAAGCCUUGCAGGAGCGCUUUGCCGAGAUCGAGAGGAAGAAAGCUGAUCUGGCUGUUUACCUGUGUGAGGACCCAGCAAAGCUUUCUCUAGAAGAGCUCUUCAGCAACAUCAGGACCUUCAGGGGCCUCUUCACCAAAGCCCUAAAGGAGAAUAAGAUGUGGAAGGAGCAGGCUGCCAAAGCAGAGAAGAGGAAGAAGCAGCUGGCAGAAGAAGAGUCCAAGAGGCAGAAAGGAGAGGGCGGGAAGAUUAUUCGCAAGGGCGUUGUCCCAAAAGAAGACGGGUGCAUCAUCGACCACCUCCUGUCAGACAUCCGCAAGGGCUUCCAGCUGAGGAAGACGCGUCCCAGGUGCGAAAAUGACAGUGCACCUCCUAGCGAAACACGUAGGGAUAACGACCAAUCUGGAGGAAAAGCAGCAGAACCCACUCUCCAGCCCCCCGGAGCCCAAGGACCCCCACCGUCUCCAGCAGUGCAGCCGCCGGCCCUGCCCUCUGGCCCACUCCACCCCGCUGCAGGAGGUGCAGCCGGAGCUGACCCGCACCGCUCCUCUGACUCCUCUCGCUCUCCUGACACGCCACAGACUGCGUCACCACUAACCAAUGGGCAGAGCCUCCCUGGAAAGACGUCCCCACAACUCCCCAAGUCCUCAGCAGUAACACCUGCACCACCGGUACCAGCAGUCCAGUCCUCUGAACUCCCACCCUCCUCGGGUGCAGAAAACGGAGCAAAGUGUGAGCAGCCGCAUCUCUCCCCUCGUUCUGACCCUGAAACGCACACACCCAGCAUCCCAAAAACUCAGCCAACGGAUAUCAUGGAUGUAAACGAAGAUGCAGAUCACAAACCUUUUCAGAACGGCACCACCAACAGCCAGGAUGUUAUCAUGUCAGAGCAGAAUGGUCACCUCAGCUGCACACAACCACAACCAUCACCACAUCUGGAGCCAAAUAAGACCUCCAAUGGCAAGAUGACGAACGGAGACCUUGGUGCUGGGGAGAACAACCAGCACGCCUGUCUGGUCAGGCAGGUGGCCUUGCGGGACCUGGGCAGCAGCCUGGAGGUUGUGGAGCUUGAAGAGAACAACAACAACACCACCACCACCACUACGACCACUGAAGCACCUCCAUCUUGCACAGUCGCAACUCCAUCUUCCACCUCCAUGGAGGAGGAGGAGAAGGAGAAGGCUUCCCAAGAUGGUGUCAGCGAACAGGCGGAGGGAGAAGACGGGCAUCCUCUCCUCUCAGCAUCAACGUCAUCAUCACCAUCUCAACAGGAAGCACUGCAGAAUGGCGGUACCACCACCACCAAGAGCAGCAGUAUUAAUGGGCACAAGCCAAGUGAGACUCGGGAGUCACCCAAUCAAAACCAAGACUCAGUCACUCAAAAACAUCUCGUGGCCAAUCAAAAUCAGGAGUCAGAAGUCAACACUUCCUCAAAGAAUGCACCUGCAGGAGAAGGGGAUUGGUCCUUGACUGAUGAGUCCACAAUGCAGCAUAAUGGAAAGCAAGCAGGAGGAAGUGCAGUGGAGAAGCUGGACAUGGACAUGUCCAUCAAAGCAGCCACGGGCCACAAUGGAGAGCCACAUCCAAGCAAUGGGCAAGGAGGGGUGAAUGGAAGCCAGUCGCACAAGUUUGAAAGGGAGGAAAUUGGCAUCGAUGUGGUGGAUGGCGGGUCAGAUGGUGCUGCUGCACAAAAGCCUGCCCAGGUACCACCCUCAGAAACUCCAGAACCAGAACCAGAAUCUGAAUCUGCGUCUGUGCCCUCUCCCCUUGAUCCACUUCCAGCAUCUGCCACCGCACCCACAAACCCACAGCCUAAAAAACACAAGUUCUUCAGAAGGAACAAGAAGAGUAGUCAAGAAGGUGCAUCGAAAAGGAAACGAGCGAGGGGCAAAAGGAAAAGCUGAGGUUGUCCUUUACCCCUCUAGAGACCUCUGGUGGCUCAGUCUUAAUUCUCAUCCUAUUGGACAUUGCAUCUUGGGCAGCGCAUAUAUAUCAGCUAGUUUUGAAAAUUGAGUGUGUACUAUUAUAUGUAUGUUUUUGUAUGUUAUGUCGAACAAUUUAUUAUUUUUUACAUGUCUGAUAUUUGCCUUUUGUCUGAUGAUGUGUGUUACAGCAGAACCACAGUGUGGAACGUGAAGUGGAAAGAUUUUUUUUUUUUAAUAGCCUAUAUCGUAAUAAAAAAGAAGGGGUAAAGUGCGCAUUUUUAGGAAGGGUUUUAAACGAAAAGGAAUAUUGUUAUGCUGUGAAUGUAAAUAUAUAUUUUAUUUAGAAACAAAUAUAUUAAACAUUUGUAUAUUUAUUGAAUAUAAAACUGAAUGCUAAAGGACAUAAUGUUGACCAAAACGUGCAUACCGUAUGUGUAGGCCUAAUCAAAUAAACACCUGGGCGAGUAUUGUG